AUGCUCAACAUAAACAGACCAAACAUCACAAACCUAGCGCAAAGCACAUUAACUCUCGUGCGUUUCAAAAGACAAUCCACCCAAGCCAAUCAAUUAAAUGCAUCGACUCAAAAAAUUGUUAAUCAAUUAUCAGUAUUAUCAGCCAGUAGGAAACAACCACAAUUGUUGAAAUUAUGUAACGAAGAUUUAAUUAAACACAGAACUAUAAUGAAUGCAUGGAAAUUGAUACAACGUAAGAAAUUUCAAAGACAACAGCAUCAAUUAGAUUUACAAUACAAAAGUAUACGUAAUGCCAUGGAAGAUUUGAAGCAAACGAGUCCGGCAUUGUAUGAAAUGGCUAACGCCAAAAGUAAAUUAAGGUUUACUACUUUUCCUAUUGAAAUGAGAGUUCCCACAGAUUAUCCACCUACGAAGCCUUGGGUUCAUGCUUACUCACCAAAGAAGUAA